AUGGUCCAAGAAUGUAUCCGAGUCUUGCGUGCCGCAUCACAAACCUGGGAGACCGCUAAUUCUUAUGCAUCUCGACUCGAAAGUCUCUUGGCUGAACAAAUUUGGGGGGAAUCGUCUGAUCGCCAAAAUGCCAAUGUUUACGAAGCCACUACCUCGAACUACGAUGAUCCCGUCUCUCAGAUGUUCCAGGAAUUUAUUGUUCCCCAUGAUCAGACCACUGAAGAAAUUGGGGCACCUGAAACGACAGUGCAAUCUGAAUAUCCGUUAUUGCAGCAAUUAAAUCAGCAACCCCAGUGGGGAGUACCCUUCGGUUCAGAUUUUAUGAUGACUUCGAGUCCCACCACUCCCGUUUGGCUUGGCUCUCGACGAGAGUCAAUUUUCAGGAGAGACGGAGGAACUUCCCCUGGAUACUGGAUCGUAAUGCCACUCGGCCAAUUCCCAGAGAGCCUUGCGAUCGAGAAUCUCCUCUGCAAUUCUAAUCUACCUUUCCACAUAAAAGAUAGGCAUCUUCUCGCUCCAAUCUAUGAUUUAGCGAGGGCCAGCCAUCGGGAAAAGGGGCUAAAGCUUGAUGCACAGACAGCAUUUGACUACAUAGUCAAUCAUGCUAUUUUGGGGAGGACUCGAAUAAUCCUUUAUGACAAUCGAUUGGUGGAGCUGUUUGCCUUUUACCUCGCCAAUGCGAAUGCCAAAUCGAUCGCUGCGCUAAUUGUUGAAAAUACAUUUAUGACGUUGCCCUCGCUGAUUCCUACAGUUCUUCCCGUUGCUGCGCCGCUUGCAUUCCUAUGCCACGGCUCGAAGUCUCCCCAGAGCGUCCCGAUCGCUGCGCUAAUUGUUGAAAAUACAUUUAUGACGUUGCCCUCGCUGAUUCCUACAGUUCUUCCCGUUGCUGCGCCGCUUGCAUUCCUAUGCCACCAAGUUUGGGAUAGUGCAAGCGCGGCUCGAAGUCUCCCCAGGAGCGUCCCGGUCUUGAUGUUGAGUGGUACUCAGGACGAAUUAGUCCCUCCUUCUCAAAUGCGCGGUCUAUUUGAUAUUUUACGGGGCGCUGAGGAUGGGCCAAAGGAAGAGGAAACUGAAGAGGAUAAGAUUGUUUUGCAGGCCACGGAUAGUAAACGUUUACUCGUAUUUAAGAAGUUCUCCAAUGGUCAUAAUACUCCGCGAGGAUUGGAUGAAUGUGAAAUCACAAGCUGGGUCUAUAGCCUUGGGCAAUGGGAGAUUACUGGAGUCCAGGGCCGAGGUGAUACCGACCUGAUCCACUGGCGAGGCACGGGACCGGGCUUCGGCGCUUCGCGAAUUCGACUAGCACUAGGGGACGACGAAGGACCUCGUGUAUAA